AAGUUCUGGCCGCAGGUCCUAGAAAAACUUCGAGGAAGUAAAAAGAAGGACUGGAAAGAAAGACACAUGAUGUCUGUGUAUAACAUAUCAGAUCAAUGUCUUGCUGACGGAACGAAACUGGAGUUCCAGCGAUGGGCCUCUGACAAUCAUCUCAGUUCUGACACAGUGGAUACUUUGGCAAACUACCACCUUAAUUCGUUGCCUACGAUCAGUACCCUUAAGACGGACCUGUAGAAAGCAUGGGACUCGCCGACGACCAGUGCGAGAGACUUCGCGAUGCACUAAAUCAGCUGCACCCGGAGAAAGCCGAAGAUGUGUUCCGUAUGUCGCAGUUGGAGCGGACAGCUUCCGUACCGUCCGUCAGAGCGUGGUCGUUCUUUGGAUACAUGAAGCGCCCUGCCAAGAAACCUGCCAAGGACGCCAGUAAAAUGUCAGCUAAAAGCACUGGUGACAUUCAGGAGAGGUUUUCCGAAAGUCAUCUGACUAAAAACCAGACCGUGCGAAGGAAACAUAUUCGGCAAUGGGUCGAAAAGGACGUUGAUAUUCAGAAGAGCCCCGAUGUCCGACGGCGAGGGGCGAUGUCCGACACUCGGCGUGGAGUCCCAGGAAAUGGUGACGUCCACCAAACCAAAUGCUCCCUCAGCGGUCACUUUCAGCAGAUGGUCACUGAAACUCGGCACCCAUACCAAGACAAUAAUGACAACGAAUACUUUGACAAACAUGGUCAAUUUGGUAAAGAAGGAACUAUGGACAGCGCUGGUAGCCGUCCAGGUACGAAAAGUUCUUUAGAGAUGACACACAGCGAUCAAAUCAAACAACGCACCGGAAGCAACAACGCCAAUUCAAAGCUGGUUUACAGAGACGCCGAAAGUCCAGAACUCAAGUUCCAAGUGGACACUAAUUCAAAUCGAUUAUCAGCUUCAUUUGAAAACAAAGAAGGCAUGAGAGCUCAUAAUUCUUUAGUAGACGACGUCAUGUGUUUUGAAAUGGGCGACAUCGAACAUCUUCUCGAGUUAAUGGUGGAAAAGAAAAUUAUGAACACUGAAAUUCAAAAGAGUACUUUGUCCGAAACCAGUGACCAAAACGUUAAACGGCGCGUGCAGGCGCUCUUGAAAAUGACUGAUCAAACUGACAUAAGAAACCUGGAAAGGCGUCAUAGAUUACGUCACAGAUUACGUCGUCACGCAGAAAAUGAGGGUAAUGACGUCACGUCGGACAACUGGCAACUUGAAGUGCCAUGCAAAAAACAAGUGACAUUUGAUCUAACUGAGGGUAGGCCUAAGUCGAAUACUUCCAUGUUACCGCAUCCAGCCGAGAACCCCGCUCACGAUAUUCCAUUAGCACACACGAAUGGUAUCAGCAAUUCGAAUUUUUGUAUCGAUGCUGAGAUUUUCAUUGUCAACAAUUCUGAUUGCGGGGGUCAAGUGAAUCCGUUUUUCGAAUAUUCUGAUGGCAGGGACGAACGCCCUAAUGCUGUUCUGCAAACCUUCGGACAUAAAGGACGUGACUAUGGCAAGCUUCAAGACGCUUCCUCUGUCGUCUGCACAGCCUCUGGUGACGUCAUAGUUACCGACUUUAUCAAUGGGAAAGUUCAGGUAUUCGAUUGCGCCGGGAAACCUUCUAGAGAGAUAAGAAUAAAAGCAGGACGUGGGCCGUGGAACAUUACAAUGUCUCCCUACGGGUGGAUCGCCGUCACCUACAGGGGCUCGAAAAAACUAACCGUGAUAUCACACGACGGCGAGGAAAUGUUUUCUGCUGGAGGUGACAUGUUUGAAAGUCCUGCUGGUUUGGCGGUUGACCUGGAAGGACGUUUUAUUGUCACAGACUCGGUCACAAAUAAGAUUUACAGGGUAUGGUGUGAUCACGCGCUGGUGCAUACCGAAUGUCUGCAUUUGAAAGAUGUCCAACUGAAACAAGCUCGGUAUGUGACAGUUUCCCCAACGGGAAACAUUAUCGUUUCCGACACUGGAAACCACUGUGUCAAAAUACUCACACCCGAUGGCCACUUGAAGCGUUCAAUUGGACAAUAUGGCCGACUCCCCGGGGACUUCCGGUCCCCAUACGCUGUCUGCUGCGAUCAUCAUGGCAACAUUAUUGUGGCUGAUCACUAUAACAACCGCGUGACGAUGUUCAACUCAAGUGGGGUCUUCUUACGUCAUCUGUUGUCUGAGGGGCAUGGAUUAAAUCGACCCCAAGGACUACACAUUUCAGUGGACGGCAAGUUAUACGUUACGCAUGGCAAAAUGAAAGCCAGCGAGGUUCUUGUGUUUGAUCUGACGGAAGGAGAGGAAGGAGGUCGACGUUGUAAAUAGUUAACGAUUUGAAUCGUUGGAAUAAACCUAAUAAACUAUGUCUAUAAAUGGUGCCGAGUCCAUGGUAAAACCGUGCAGGUAUAAAUUGACGUAAAUUAUAUCCCACUGGUUAACCAUGGCCAGACAGGUGAUGUUCUAUAAACACCGUGCUUAAGUCUUAUUUUUCGUAUAACACUGAUAACGUUACGAAUAAAGGCUACUUAUCUUACCAUGGUUACAACAGUCCUUGUUUGGAUCUCUUGCAGUACUCAAGAGUUUUUCACUUAUAAGUCUACGGUCAGGUUUAAUGGUGGAGCAAAGCAGUGUAAACCACCGACCCUCUCCACGUACCUGACAAAUAUCUUGAAUGCCGAAACCACGAGAGCUGGAUUGGAACACGCGACGUCAUUGGUCAAUUAGCCGAUCAAAUGCCACAAGUAUAGAGUUAGAUCAAAUGAGCAAGGCACUGUUAUUAAAUAUAAUGCCAUUUUGGCCAAUAUGGAGAGACGGUUCAGGACUUCUGACUAUCUGUUCCAUGGUUGUCAUAGCUGUAUGUAGUUCCUCUUUAAACGGGUUAGGGGCGAUAUCAGAAUCCAUGUUUAUAACAUAUCUAUGAUA